AUGUGGCAGCCCCUGAGCUUGGCGCUGGCGCUGGCGUCGGUCGCCGGCGCGCAGACGGACGUGUCGUCACUCGUCCGAGCCGCGCUGGUGGCCGAGGCGUCGUACUGCGCCACCACACUGCCGCCCUCGCUGGAGGCUAUCAACAUCUCCGCCAUCAUCGAGGUCCAGCACGAGCGCGCGAUCGUCGGCUACGAUGCCCAAAAUCAUUCGCUCUUCGUGUCGUUCCGCGGGACUUCCAACGUGGAGAACUGGCUCGAGAACGUCGACGGCUUCAAGACGUCGCCCUACGAAGACGACUCGGACGCCGCGGUCAUGGAGGGCAUGUCGGACUGGUACCACGACCUCAAGGGCGGGGUCGUAGAAGCCUUGGCGAAGGCCAGAGACACGCACUUCCCUACCACCGCCUUGGCGCCGCUCUACGCCGCGGGGCACAGCGCCGGCGGCGCGUGCGCGACGCUGUUCGGCGUCGACGUCUGGCGGGGCAACGUCUCCGGCUACGCGCUGACGGACGCGUUCUCCUUCGGAUCGCCGCGCCUCGGGAACGCGGCCUUCGCGGCCUACUUCGAGAAGGUCCGCGACGCGGCGGGCGCGCGGUCGUACCGCGUGACGCACGCCGAGGACGUGAUCCCGCACCUGCCGCAGCGACUCCUGAACUUCCUGCACGUGCCCGGGGAGCUCUGGCAGGCGAACGACACGGUCGCAGUGGUCGCCUGCUCCGACUCGGCGAGCGCCGAGGACCCGAACUGCUCCGACGCCUGCGCGCCCCUCGGCUGCACGAGCAAGGCGGACCACCUCCGCUACCUCGGCGUGCCGCUCGGCAAGCACGGGUGCGCGUAA